AUGUUAAUUUUAUUCCUGUCGAAUGUUUAUAUGUUUAAAACUUUGUGGAAGAAACUUACGCAAACACAAGCUUUGGAACAAACAAGCGGAAAAUUCGAGAUGUAUUUCUUUGAAACUGUAUAUAGAUUGGCGUAUAUAGAAGGUAUUUCGACCGCGGAGCACUCGGCGUUAUAUUUCGCGUACUGUAAUACGGUGAAAUUGCUUUUGAUCAUGUUUUGUGCGGCCGAGCUGUGGUUUUUCCUAAGCAAUAUACACUCCAUCGAGGGCGCCAUUGACAGCGUUAACAUCAUAUUCAUACAAACCGGCGCUUUGUGCAAAUAUGUUAAUUGGGUUAGAAACCAAUCGAUAUUCAAAACCCUCGCUUCAUCGAUGGAGUCGCCUCACUUCGACCUAUCAACUCCGGACAGGCAGAACAUCUUGCUCACGUGGGUUAACAGGAACCGCCACUCUUUGCAGCUGUUGAUAAGCCUGGGUAUGGGAACAUUGAUCGCCUGGUAUGGGUACCCUCUGCUGGACGAACACGAGUACAAUUUACCUGUGGCCAUAAUCCUACCAUUCGCCUUCGACUCCCCGAAAAUAUACUUUGUAACAUACACAACAGUCGUCGUGGUAUUUUCCUACAUAUCGUUUUUCGUGAUGGUGAACGACCUCAUCAUGCAAUCAUAUUUGAUGCAUUUACUUUGUCAAUUUGAUGUCCUAAAUAACUGCUUUCAAAAUAUCCUGGUAGAUUGCAGUGCAAAAUUUAAAGAUAUCCCGUUUAAUGAACUCUACAAAAAUUUAAUCUUUCAGCGGGUUUACAUAAAAAGAUUGGGAGAUUUGGUGGAACAACAUAAGCUUAUUUUAGAUAACACCACAAAGUUACGAAACAUGCUCAGCAAACCGAUGAUUGUACAAUUAGGUGUCAGCACAACCCUCCUUUGCUCUAUCGGAUAUCAAGCUGUAAUGUCCCUACAUGUCAAUAUUACGAAGAGCAUUAUGGGAUUGUUAUAUUUGGGAUACAACAUGUUCGUCCUGUUUACGAUAUGUAGAUGGUGUGAAGAAGUCAAAACUCAGAGCGAGUUGACGCGUGAUGCUAUAUACAGCUCGGGGUGGGAGUGCGGGUUGUCGGGUGUGGCGGGGGUGCGGUCGCGCCUGCUGGUGGCGCUGCUGCGGGGGAGCCGGCCCGUUGUCAUGUCCGCCGGUGGCAUGUACGACCUGUCCCUCGCCGCCUUCUCCACUAUGGUGAAGACAUCUUACAGUGCGCUCACUCUACUACUCCGUCUGCAGCGCUGA